CCCUACACGACCUUUCUCUCCUUUCAGGUCUUCCUUUUCAUCUUUCCAAAGAGAAAAAGAAAAUUCCAUUCAAAAAGAAGAAACACAAAGCACGCAAAAGAGGAAAAAGAAACACAGAAAUUCUUUUCUUUGGCAUUGAAGCAACCAAUACACAAACGAAAAUCACCUCACAAUCAUUUUGUCAAUUUUCAAAUUCCAAAUCCUCCCAUUCACUUCACUUAAAUUGCUCAUCAGAUAACACAAAAAAGGAAGAAGAGAGACCGAUAGAAGGCAACUGGAAAAAAUAAUUAAAAAAAAAAUAUGACGACGUUGCAGAAAUUCAAGCUUUUAGCGACACAAUGUGGCGUCACCCAAAGUCCAACAAGAAGUCCAAGGACGAGUCCCGUGGUCAAUUUCCAUCGCCCUAAAACCACUCUGCGAAUGCUUCUCACCAGAUCCAGUAGCCGCAAAUCAUCGACCCGUCGGGAAAUGUCGUAUCCACAGAGUUUCGUCGGAAAUUUACCUGAGAAAAAGAAGGACAACAAGGAUUUGAGUGGUCAUACUUUGAAGGAUUUAUUUGUAUCAUCUCCAUCGUUAGAAGAUGAUGACGAUGAAGGCAAAUUUGUAAACGAGAAAUUUGGCGGGAAGAGUGAAGUUGUAUUGGCGACGAAACUGAGUGAUCUUAAUGGAUUGGGUGGUGAAGCGGGUUCGCCGAGGCCGGGUUGGAUUGGAUUCAGGCAUAGGAUGCUGUUGAGGAGGGUUUGGCGUCCCAUGCUAAUGACCAUUCCCGAGUAAUUCUGUAGUAAU